AUGUCUAACCUUACAGACCAAGCUGUUCUUUUUGUUGGAGACUUGUCUUAUGCCGAUGACCACCCAAACCAUGACCAAAGAAAAUGGGAUUCUUAUGAUCGAUUUGUGGAGCCGAGCUCUGCGUAUCAGCCUUGGAUCUGGGCUGCAGGGAACCACGAAAUAGAUUAUGCACCGUCAAUAGGUGAGACUAAGGCUUUCAAGCCAUACAAAAACCGUUACCACGUUCCCUACAGAGCCUCAAAGAGUACUUCGCCACUUUGGUACUCAAUAAAACGAGCCUCAGCAUACAUCAUCAUGCUUUCUUCUUACUCAGCUUUUGGCAAGUAUACACCGCAAAACUCGUGGCUCGAGAGUGAGCUCAAGAAAGUAAACAGAGAAGAGACUCCAUGGUUGAUUGUUCUGGUUCACUCGCCGUGGUACAGCAGCAACGGUUAUCACUAUAUGGAAGGUGAAAGCAUGAGAGUAACGUUCGAGCCAUGGUUCGUUCAAAACAAAGUCGAUAUUGUCUUCGCUGGUCAUGUUCAUGCAUACGAGCGAUCAGAGUGUGUCUCCAACAUCAAAUACAAUAUCACUGAUGGUUUGAGUUCUCCAGUGAAAAAUCCAUCUGCUCCUAUUUACAUCACCAUUGGAGAUGGAGGCAACAUUGACGGAAUCGCUAAUGAUUACACGUACCCGCAACCGAGUUACUCAGCUUUUAGGGAGGCAAGUUUCGGACACGCUCUUCUAGAGAUAAAGAACAUGACUCACGCGCUUUACAAUUGGCAUAGAAACCAAGACGAUGAGCCGGUUAUCGCUGACUCUCUGUGGGUGAAGAAUAGACACUUCUUGCCGGAGGAGGAGGAAACACUUUCCGGCGACUCAAGUGUCUGA